AUGUCGUCUCUCGCCCGUCCUUGGCUUCGUGCCGCCACGACUGCCUCCGCGGCCAGGUUCGCGGCUUCCACUACCGCGCCUCCUGCCAUCCUUGCUGUGGCCCCCUUUACCGCCUCAUUGCGUCAUAUCUCAACGGGCCCGCCUCGUCUUCGCCCGGCGACGGUCGUCUCCCCCUCAGUUGACGCCUCCGCCAAGCCGGCAAGCCCCGGCACCGCCAUCUCCUCGGCCACGCCGUCGACGUCCAAGCUGGGCCUCGUGACGUGCGACCCCACAAACGACCACAUCCUCCCGUUUUUCCACGCACCCACCUUUACCUGGACCUACCUCGUCCUCGACUCGAGCCGCACCCGCGCAGUCGUCAUCGACCCGGCCCUCGACUACGACGCCGCGUCCGGCCACAUCUCGUCGGCCUCGCUCCAGCCCCUCGUCGGCCUCAUCCGCGACCGCGGCUACCAGGUCACCCACAUCCUCGAGACUCACGUCCACGCCGACCACCUCACCGGCGCGCGCCGCCUCAAGACGCUCCUAGCCCAGCAACAGGCCGCUCCACCGGUCAUCGGCAUCGGAGCGGGCGUCACAAAGGUCCAGCGACAGUUUGCAACCCGCUACGGCCUCGACGACGCCGCGCUGGCCGAUUCGUUUGACCUUCUCCUCGAGUCCGACGCGACCCUCGCCUUUGGCCAGUCGACCUGCCGCGUCAUGCACCUGCCCGGACACACGCCGGACCACGUCGGCUACAUGAUCGACGACUGCCUCUUUGCCGGCGACUCGAUCUUCAUGCCCGACGUGGGCACGGCCAGGGCCGACUUCCCCGGCGGCUCAGCGACCCAGCUGGCCCAGUCGCUCACCACGCUCCUCGAGCUGCCCGACGACACCAAAGUGUUUGUGGGCCACGACUACCCGCCGCCGCAGACGGGCAGGCCAGAGAUGACGUGCUCGACGGUCGCAGAGCAGCGUCAGCGCAACAUCCAUUCGCCCCACCUCGACGGCUUCGUCGAGCUCCGCACGCACCGCGACGCCGGCCUCGCCGCGCCCCGCCUGCUCCACCCUUCGCUGCAGUUCAACCUCGUCGGCGGUCGUCUGCUUCGAAACCACUUUGUCAUACCGGUGCAGGCCGACUGGGCCGCCUAG